UUUCUCGUUUUUCCUUCUGUGAGGCGGCCGCUCCGCUCCCUUUCCCUUCCCUCCCCCUCGCCCUGUCCCGUCCCUCGCCGCUUCCUUCCUCCUGUCUGUGCCAUGGAUGGUGUUGUUACAGAUCUUAUAGCAGUCGGUUUAAAGCGUGGAUCUGAUGAGCUUCUUCCACCUAGUUUCGCUUACGGGCCUUUUACCAUGAGCAAUUCUACUCCUGCUACAGCUAACGGGAAUGACAACAAAAAAUUUAAAGGAGACAGAUCUCCCUGCUCCCCUUCUCGAGUCCUUCAUCUUCGUAAAAUUCCAAAUGACGUCACUGAAGCGGAAAUAAUUUCUCUAGGUCUACCUUUUGGCAAAGUAACCAAUCUCUUGAUGUUGAAGGGCAAGAGCCAGGCUUUCCUAGAAAUGGGUUCAGAGGAAGCUGCAGUUACUAUGGUAAACUACUACACUCCUGUUACUCCUCACCUCCGCAGCCAGCCUGUUUAUAUUCAGUAUUCCAAUCACCGAGAACUUAAGACUGACAAUCUACCCAAUCAGGCUAGAGCGCAAGCUGCCUUACAGGCAGUGAAUGCUGUUCAGUCUGGAGGCUUGGCCCUCACAGGUGCUCUCGCGACUGAGGGUGGACUACCUCCUGGUCAGAGUUCUGUUCUUCGAAUCAUAGUUGAGAAUCUCUUCUACCCUGUAACUCUAGAAGUGCUGUAUCAGAUCUUCUCCAAGUUUGGGACAGUCUUGAAGAUUAUCACUUUCACAAAAAACAAUCAGUUCCAGGCCUUGCUUCAGUAUGCUGAUCCAAUGAAUGCACAUUAUGCCAAAAUGGCUCUAGAUGGUCAGAAUAUCUACAAUGCUUGCUGCACUCUUCGUAUUGAUUUCUCCAAGCUAACAAGCCUUAAUGUAAAAUACAACAAUGAUAAAAGCAGAGACUUUACUCGUUUAGACCUUCCUUCAGGUGAUGGACAGCCUUCCCUUGAUCCCACUAUGGCUGCUGCCUUUGGCACUCCAGGUAUCAUCUCCUCACCAUAUGCGGGGGCCGCUGGUUUUGCUCCUGCCAUUGGGUUUCCUCAGGCAGGUCUUUCCGUCUCGGCUGUUCCCAGUGCACUUGGUCCUCUUGCAAUCACCACCUCUGCUAUGACUGGGCGAAUGGCUAUCCCAGGAAUGACUGGAAUGCCCGGAAAUUUCGUUUUGCUUGUUAGCAAUCUCAAUCCUGAUGCAAUCACACCAGAUGGACUCUUUAUACUGUUUGGUGUUUAUGGUGAUGUCCAUCGUGUAAAAAUCAUGUUUAAUAAGAAGGAAAAUGCCUUAGUUCAGAUGGCAGAUGCAACCCAAGCCCAACUAGCCAUGAAUCACUUAAAUGGACAAAAACUAUAUGGGAAGGUGCUGCGUGUCACACUCUCAAAGCAUCAGACAGUACAGCUUCCUCGUGAGGGACAAGAGGAUCAGGGUUUGACUAAGGACUAUAGCAAUAGCCCUUUGCAUCGUUUCAAGAAACCCGGCUCGAAGAACUUCCAAAAUAUCUUUCCACCAUCUGCCACUCUGCACCUAUCCAACAUUCCACCUUCUGUCACAGUAGAUGACCUGAAGAAUCUUUUUGCUGGUACUGGAUGUAUUGUGAAAGCCUUCAAAUUCUUUCCAAAAGACCGCAAAAUGGCUCUCAUCCAGUUGGGAUCUGUGGAAGAAGCAAUCCAGGCUCUUAUUGAGCUUCAUAAUCAUGACCUUGGAGAGAACCAUCACCUCAGAGUUUCCUUCUCCAAAUCUACAAUCUGACACUUCUGUGACCUUUUGCUUUUUAAGACUCUACCCACAAUUACCAGUAAAAUUCAGACAAGAGACUGGAGUAGCCAAAACCAACGCUGCAUCCGUAAACCAUUAAACUUGUGUGGCUCAUGUGUAUUACUUUACACAGUAAAUGAAUCAAGGGAUGAUCUUUUCAUAUCUUCUUCUGUUUAAAUGGCUAACAGUCCUCCACAAAAUUUUCUUCUGUAGUAUUUAAUAAUGCAACAUUUUCAGUAGAAGCCCCUCUUUUGUUUUUCAUGAUUUCAGAGGCAUAUUUUUUUGGGUUUUUAUUCCAAAACAAUGUUACACAACAUUUCUGUGCCCCGUUAAACUAUCUUAUCAAAAUAAUGUUUUCAAAUAGAUAAUAGUGGAUUAUUUUAAGCACAUAGAGUGUUCUGUGAGGGAUUUCUUUGUCCCCUUAGCUAAUAAUUUUAAUCAGUACAUGUUGAACAUAUUGGAGGAAAGGCAGUGCCUUCUUUUUC